GGCCUCGCGCGCUUCGCGCCUGCUCUCGCUUGGUGGCGGGCGUUUGGCACCGAGCGGGCCCCCGCCGUAGGUGGCGACCGACCAGGUCUGCAGGGGCUCGCCCAGCACCGGCCCCCGGGGGCAGGAGCGUCUAUCACCUCUGCCUAACGCACCAGUAAGACCAUUUGGAUCUGCAGUUUUCUUCCUGGAAAGCUUUGGAGACUCGAAACUCAAUAUCAAGUUGCGGGCAGGGUUGAUUUCCCGUGAGCUCUCUCCUUGGAUUGGGAGUGGCUGCCUUCUCGCCAUAUCCGCAUACGGAGGUCAUACGAGGUCAUAUUGCUGUCCGUGUCCCCAGGCUUCCGUCUGGAACCCUAAGCUCCUGGAUGUACUUGUGUGCGACCCCCCUCCCGCCCCCGGCUCAGCGCCUGCUGCUGGCAGAGGGAAAGCCCGGGACCCCUCUGGCCGUCCCCAGGGAAGCCGCUGGACCUGCCUGCGGUGCUGACGCAGCUGCGGGAGCCCCGUUUCCCACACUCUGGCAGACAUGGUGCGUGUCGGACGGCUCGCUUUUGCCUUUUUGAUUGACUCGUUUACGUGGCCGGCCGGGAAGGCCACAUGCUCAAAGUGCUCUCUUACAUCAGUGUCAGGCGCCUGACCCCAGCCCCUGCCAUCAUCUUUUACGGGAUCGUUGCGACCAUUUAUAUCAUUCCUGGUGACAUAAACUCCCUCGUCAAUUACUUCAGUUUUGCCACAUGGCUGUUUUAUGGCCUGACGAUUCUAGGACUCAUCGUGAUGAGGUUUACAAGGAAAGAACUGGAAAGGCCCAUCAAGGUGCCCAUCUUCAUCCCCAUCCUGGUGACCUUCAUAGCUGCGUUUUUGGUCCUGGCCCCAGUCAUCACUAACCCAGCGUGGGAGUAUCUCUACUGCGUGUUAUUUAUCCUGAGCGGCCUUGUAUUUUACUUCCUUUUCGUCUACUACAAGUUUGAAUGGGCUCAGAAAAUCUCAAAGCCCAUCACCAUGCACCUCCAGAUGCUCAUGGAAGUUGUGCCGCCGGAGCCAGACCCCAAGUGACAAGUUUGUGUCUUGUAACCAACUCAAAGCUGUGAGGAGUUUAUUUUUGUAAGCAGUAUUUGUGGUAUUUCUUCCUGAUUUUUUUCUUAAGAAGAAUUGUAUCAGAUGCUUAUGUAAUAUUAUUUUUGGUAUCCUUAAUUGUCUGGGUGGGUUCCAGGCGUGUACGGUGACCCCGGCAGGUGCAGCCAUGGCCCAGCGGCUGCUGUGUGCCUGCCCGAGGGACACAACACGCUCCCGCGAAUAAAGCGCAUUCCUGCAUCGCC